AUGUUGUAUCCUAAUGGGAUAGAUAUAACGACUGGUAUCGACAGACGAAAAAUAUCAGAGCAGCUUCAAAGGGUGGAGCGCCGUUUCCCCAGAUGGCACGAAGAUUUAAACUUAGUGGUUUAUCGUCACAAGCGGACGCCUGUUAUAAUAACGCAGCACUUCAGCGAAACUACCGUCACACCUGGGAUAGACAUAAAUCUUCAAUGUGUCGUGAAUGGACCAGCCAGGUUCGUGUGGGAAAGGGACGGAAUAGUCGUUUCAUCAAAUACGGAUUCAAGGUACUCAAUAGGACAGACCAUGACCGCGGACGGGGGGGUUCUGACCCACCUCAACAUAUCCCACGUGAGGGUCGACGACGGGGGGCGCUACGCGUGUCGAGCCCACCACGAUGAGCUGGUGUCCUCGCAUGAGGACAGGCUGAAUGUUUAUGGUCCACCAUACAUAAGAACUCUUCCGCCUGUAAAAGUACAAAGUGGACAGAGUGUGGAACUGAGAUGUCCAUACUACGGGUUCCCGAUAAGAGAAAUCACAUGGGAGCAUCGAGGUAAAGAGAUAAAAUCAGAUAAAACGGUGCGCUACAAACGUUCCACGAACGACAUUUUAAGUACAGAGAUAUUCGGACGAAAACCGAAAUUAAGAGGCAAGAGGGAGAUAGCGACAGUUUCGAAUGAUGGCGUCCUGCUCGUGCAGAAGGCUUCGAAGAGCGAAAACGGAGCAUCUUUCGCCUGCAUUGUUAGGAGUCCGUCGGGAGAAAUGGCCAAGCGAUCGUUUGAAUUGCAAGUCGUUGAGGCACCGCAAUUGGAGGAGAUAUUCCUAGCGUCUGAUCUCCAAGAGGGUCAGAUCGUUCAGAUCCAUUGCAACUUGAAAAGCGGGGACUCCCCCGUUUAUUACUCCUGGCUAAAAGAUGGGAAGAAGAUACCUACUCAUCUAAAGAUAGUGGAGAGGAGUUUGGAGGUGUUUAGUGUUCUCAUUAUCAAGAACGUGUCUCUAGACCACUGCGGAACGUACACGUGUGUCGCGGCCAAUCAUGUCGCCAAAGUCAACAGGACUGUCAAUUUGUAUAUAAAAGUGGCGCCAAAAUGGAGCGAGGAACCGCAGAACACGUCCCUGCUGCUAGGGCGGAACGGCUACGUGUCUUGUAGCGCCAACGGCUACCCGCAACCGCAGACGCACUGGUUGAAGAAAGAAGUGGUAUCAGACACAUGGCGGCCUGUACUGGAGAUAGCUGGCGGAGGGGUGCUCAGUCUGUCCAACGGUUCCCUCAUAUUCGACUCCGUGGCGCUCUCCGACGCUGGACUCUAUACGUGCCAUGUGGAGAACGGAGUAGGAGAGGCACUGAGCAAGACGAUAUGGAUAUCUGUUAACAAGCCGGUAACAUUCGACAUACCAUCCCGGAAUGUGACGGCGAAGCUGGGCCAGCACGUGGCGCUCGAGUGCGCGGCGAAGGGCGACGAUCCGAUCCGGGUCAUGUGGACGAGGAACGGCAAGCCCGUCAACCCGCUGACGCAGAGGGUGAAAAUAUCGGAGGCGAAGACGGAUGAGGGAAUGACGAGUUUGCUGGAGCUGCAGCAGACGGAGACGUCGGACGGGGCGCUGUACCAGUGUAAGGCGGGGAACCCGUUUGGUGCUGAUGUGUAUAGCGUAUAUCUUACUAUACUUGAACCUCCGAUCCCACCAUCCGAUCUCUCAGUGGACUCAGUCCGGAGUCGCUCUGUCAAACUGUCUUGGCGCGACACGCAUUCCGUGGCUCAGUACUUCACUGUGCAGGUUACCAACAACCAGCGGUUGUCGUGGAGUACCGCAAGGACCGUUAAUGUUACCAGGUUAGAGGAGGUACGUCACAGUAUAGACAUAGACGACCUGCAGCCAGCGACCAGCUAUCUGGCGCGGGUGGCGGGGGGUAACCAGGCUGACCUCAGCUCGUAUUCCACGCCUGUGAGAUUCACUACCACCGAAGAAGCACCAUCAUCCCCACCCGUGGGCGUCCAACUGGAGCAGACGGAUACGCCAGGCGAGCUGCGAGCAAGAUGGCUGCCGCCGCCCGCUGAUACGCACAACGGACUUAUACUGGGGUACCGAUUGAGGGCGGUUCCACAGCUGACUGGAAUAAAGGAAAGCCAGGAAGCGAACGAUAAAAUUAUAAAGACGACGUCUCUCUACUCGAAACAAGAAACCGUAAUUACGGGACUUCUGAAAGGCGUUCGGUACUCGAUAUCAAUAGCGGCGUUCAACAGCGCCGGGAGUGGGCCCUUCUCCAUCCCGCUAUACCAGGAUACCCGGGAAGGAGCUCCAGAAGAGGGACCAUCGUCCGUGGAGUGUGGUGGAGUAACGUCCACAUCUCUGCGAGUCAGCUGGCAACCGAUCCCGCCUCACAAGCAGGCCGGAGCGCUUAUAGGAUACUCCGUGUUAUACGCUGCUCAAGGUCGACCCUGGGUGAACACUAGCUCGCUGGUGACCGAGUUACGGCUGCAGGGGCUACUGAAGUACACGAACUACACCGUCAAAGUCGCCGGGUAUUCCAACUACGGAGUCGGGCCGUUCUCCUUCCCGAUUGUUUGUUCGACGCUGCAGGACGUGCCAGAUGCUCCGGCGGAAAUAAAAUUACUCUCGCAGUCGACGAGUACGCUGCUUGUUAGUUGGAAAAAACCGAGUCAACCCAACGGCCGGCUACUACAUUACACUGUUUAUUGUAAAGCAACAGCUGGCAAUGACAGUCCGCAAAUACACCGCGUGGACGCGGAACCGGACAAAGAACCCUACGAUGAGACCCAGAACCUUGUACUGAAGGGUCUAUACGAGGGCAGGCAGUAUGACGUAUGGGUGACAGCCAGCACCGCGGUGGGAGAAGGGCCGGAGAGUAGACACGUAACAAACACGCCGUCGCAACGGGUGGUAGCGGGCGUCUGGUCUCUGGGUGGCGAAGUGCGAGUAGCGGUCAGAAGACCGCUGCGGCUGGCGUGCGCGAGCCUCGGCGCCCCUCCCCCCCGCACCGUGUGGUACCACAACCACAAUAUCAUCACACACCAUCCGCGCUUCACCAGGAAUAGAGAUGAUAGCCUGCUGAUUAAUAGUAUCGACCAAUCUUUAAGCGGAAACUACACCUGCCUAGCCAAGAACCUGUACGGUUCAGACUCUGUAGUCUACACGGUCAGGGUGCUGCCUCUACCGGAUCCGCCCGUCAUCAGAGCGACGCCAUACAAGGACUCCAUAUUGGUGGAGUGGGACGAGAUCAAGGGCAGCAAUGACUCCAACGGAUAUAGUAUCAGUUACAAUCUAACAUGGUGCGAGGAGGACGGACCGUGGCAGGAGUCGUGGCCGGCGGCUCGGCAUUUUGCUGGUACUCAUCAGCAUGCGCUGACUGGUCUCCGUUGUGGAACGAGAUAUUCUCUCAGAGUGACAGCUACGGACAGCGUGGGGACGUCGUCACCUGCGCAUCUUGAUGUGUCUACCUUGGGAGGAGCUCCCAUAUCCCCAACCACAACGGAUUGGUUAUGGAGUAACGCGACACACAUAUACAUACAACUGAGCGGGUGGGACGACGGCGGGUGUGCGAUCACCAAGUGGGAUGUGGAGUACAGGCUUCUAGGGUCAAGCUUCUGGCAUAGGGCUGAUAAUGUUGCUUCCACCGACUUAACCCUAGGCUGGGGUUACAUAGACACACACUACCAGACACCCAUACGGUCAAUGCUGUCCUACGCGGUGGGGUCUCUGGUACCAGGAAGCUGGUACCAGCUGAGGGUGACGGCUACCAACGACGCUGGUACCGCCUCCACCGUGUACACGUAUGCUACCAAGACUGUUGAUGGAGAGGAAAUCGGACCACCUUCCGACCUACUCGACCUCAACAUGCUGGUCAUCAUCUGUAGCUCUGUCCUCCUGCUCGUCUGUCUGAUGGCGUUUGUGUGCAUACUACUGGUGCGGCAUAGGCACUACUCUCAAUACCGUCACUCCAUCCCAGAAGAAGUCAAGUCGCGUAACGAGAGUGUCGCGUCGCACUCCGACCACAAGGAGCGGUACGCGCAAGCGCCGCGCAUAUACACCUCGCCCGUGCACCCGCGCAAGAUUAGCUCCAAGAACGAAAUGUUCGAGAUAAGCCCGUACGCGGAAUUCGCUCUUGGGUUUCGAACUUUCGACCACGCCGAGAAUCAAGACCUUCCGAGCAGACUCCCUAGUCGACCAAGAUUUGAUACAGAAACGAGUUUCCAGACGCGAUCAGAAUCGGACGACAGCGAUAGCACGUCGAAGGCGACCGUCACAGCCGUACCGAGAAGGCAGUGCCGCACGCCGCACCACAGAUAAAACGUUCCAGGUAUUUCGUAAUAUAGUAUAUUAACCGACUUACAAAAGGUGG